GUUUUAUACAUCUAUUUAUGAAUAUCUUUUUAUUUCACACAAUGUUUUCCAAACAUUUCCUACAAUUUCUAUUGUGUUGCCAAUCGAUGACAUUGUUUUCACUCGUAUUGUGUGAGAAAACGUGGAAAAGUAUUGUACCCGAAGAUUAUAACCAGGAUAUCGCACCUUCACGUCCUGGACAACCGGUCAAUGUGAACGUGUCCAUGUCCGUACUUAGCCUUAAGCCGGAUGCCGGUGCUGCGCAAUCUAUGGUUGUGGACUUUUUCUAUCACCUCCAUUGGUAUGACCACCGGUUGACAGUACCGGCUACUGAAAAGGUGACUCUGGGCUCAGAAUGGAAAGACAAACUCUGGACACCCGACACCUAUUUCAGAAACAACACCUGGGAGGACAGUGUUCUGAGGGGUCCAAAGGAGGACAAAUCUCCCCACGGAGGA